AUGUUCUCGCUUCGCGUUGCGUAUAACACGGAGUGUCCCGUCAAUCGCGUCCCGGUGGAAGUGCUGGCGGGAAUCUUCGUGCGCAACCUGCCUUUUGAGAACGAAUACUUCGGCCGCGAUUACAUCCAAAUCCCCGAUUCAACUCACAUAUUGGCAUUAACGCAGGUCUGCAGCUUUUGGCGCCAAGUCGCGCUAGGCACCCCGGCUCUAUGCUCUGUCCUGUCAGUCUCGGGGAUGCCCGAGCUCGCCCUGACGCAGGCCAGCCGGCUUUCAACCCAACCUUUGCGGGUUUUCUGCUCGGGUUGGCCUCCUGCUAAUUAUGCGGGCUCCUCGACGGUACUCUCCCAAGUGAUUUCCGAGAACCCCGACCCCCCUGCCAUGAAGAGCAUGUCAAUCGACGUACCAUAUAUAGCGAACAGCGAACAGGAACAACUUGCGAUGAUGAAUACCCGUCUCCUCGAACUGCGUACGCCGAUGCUUGAACAUCUCCGCCUGUCCAACAUCUCACUCCCGGUCUUGUGGGCAUCCCAGCUCAUACGCUCCGCGAAUUUACGUCUCCUGUCCAUCUUGCUCACUGAUCCGGUGGACAUCACUCAGGCGCCUUCCCUCACGGACAUUGUGGGCGUGCUCGGAACCCUCACAUCGCUAGAAAACUUGUCGAUGGAUGGUUGGCUGGCUCCGAGCAGCCCACCAGCGCUUCUGCCCAAGAAGGCCACCAUGCCGCGCUUGCGUGAGCUCAAUCUAAGCGGGUUUCCCAAAGGUUGCAUCAACAUCCUCGGAAAUCUAGACUUCGCCCGGCCGCUCUCGUUGCUCCUAGUGUACAUCUUUCUCGACCAUGACGACGACGAUCUCCACGCAGAGGAAAUAUUGCGGAUACUCGAGUCCCAUGGCGAGCUGCCACCGGAGGUGGCAUCGAACAUCUGUGGGGAUGAUGGAUAUGUAGAGGUGGCAUACGGACGACUGCUGCCUCGGGGCCAAUACUCGUACCGACGUCCGAUCACGCUGGUUUUCCCGGGUGACAUCGAGACCAGUCGAACUGAGACGGUUCUACCUGUGCUCCCUCGAUCGAACACAACGGCGCUAGCGCUGGACGGAACUUGCCCGAUAGAUUGGGGUUGGCACCAUAACCUGCGGGAGGUUCUCCGACAGUGGUCUACGUUACGCGAAGUCUGCGUCACGCACACAGAAAUUGCCGUGUCGGAGGCCCAUGGUGACGAAGACGUGAUGGAUGAACUCCUAGAGCGCCCAUGGUUUGAGAUUUGCCGGGAUGAAGUGGAGAUGCGCAGCCAGGUCAAGGCGGAGGACGGGUCUCCCGUCUUGCGGUCGCUGACAUUCAGGCAGUGUGACGAGAUCCCAAGCGAGGUAUUGGAUGCACUGAGGGAGGCGGUGCCAAGGAUGCGGGUGACGAACGAGCAGGCGUCCGCAGCUUGA